AUGGAUCCACCAAUUUCACCCGCUUCUCGAACAAAAAAUGGUGGAAAAUGGGGGAAACAACAUGGAUGGACACUCAAGCAGAAGCAAGACGUUACUGAAGCACUAGUCGGUGAUGCACAACCAAAUAAAAUGCGUAUCGGAUUGGUGCAUUCAAGGGAGCCCGGCUUAUCUCGACAGAUAUUCUACAAUUGGGGUUUUUGUUCUGGUGAACCAUUUAACUGGAACGAUCCUAGUGAUCUGUUUCUCUUGAAUAGUUGGAGGCAAGACAAGAUUCGCAAGUACACGGCAAGAAGCGAGGGACAAGUGGAGCAUACCAAGGCUGUCAAAGAUCAGGUUGUCAAGAACAGUUGUGUUCGAGGGACCGCCAUACCGAGUGUAAUCAGCGAGUCUGGAGACUCUAGACGUGAACUCUUCUCAAUGGUUAAUUGCGGAAGAGAUAUUGAGGAAUUUCAUGUUCAGAAAUACAGAUCAUCGCGCCGUGUUACGCCCAGAUUAUCAAAUGGUCGUCGUCAAUAUCCAUCUACUCCACAACAACCCAUCGAUUUUCUUGAGGUUGAUCUCAACAAGAUUGCUAGUUUGACGGAAGAGCAAAAGAAACGUCGCCAACGGAUACAGUUCAGAGACUGGACCAUGGUUUACCACUUUAUCGAGACGGCUUUUGACUAUCCGAGUCGGGAGAUAGGUGUCAGUUAUAAUAUUUGA